AGAGAGAGAGAGCGAGCGCAGAGAAAGAGAGGGGCACAGCGCUGCAAGGACAGACUGCACUGACAGAGGAGGACACACAGCCCAGCCUGAAGAGAGUCAUGUCUACAUAACAGGACCAUCAGCACACUAAUCAUUUCUGGACACUGACAGCAACACAGAACACAAAUAGAUGCCAAGGACUAGCACCUCAAAACAGCCUCACCCUCACAGAGAGGGAGGUCACAGUUUGAAGGUGGAACAGUUUGAAGACGGACACAGUAAAGGUGAAGACAUUUGUUCUGGAAGAGACCAACUAAAACAGGAGUAAUCAACAGUAUCAUCUCUCUGCGAUCUAUAGCUCUUGGAAGUGAAAAGGAGAGACUAUACAGUACAGGGCACUGGGCUGUGCUGCUCUGCCUUCAACAGUCAUACCCUUCUGUGCUGCUACUGCUGCUUCUGCUGUUCCAAACCAGGCUACAUCAGACAGAGGUACGCUGAACUGAGCAGCUCUGCUCUACACUCUAGCUAGCUGUACUGCACUGACUAACGGAUUGACUGACUGACCAUGAGUGAGUCGAAGAAGGGUGAUCUGGCUAUCCGGGAUAAAGCCAUCCUGGGCCAGCAGAGGCGUCUGAAGCAGGCCACCCAGUUCACACACAAAGACUCAGCCGACCUGCUGCCCCUGGAUGGGCUCAAGAGACUGGGCACCUCCAAAGAUCUGCAGCCCCACAGCAUCGUGCAGCGCCGCCUCAUGGCAGGAAACAUCACACAGCUGCGGGGCGAGGCCCGCGUGGGGAGACCCUCGCCCCUGGUCGACAGCAAGGAGGGGGGCGCCGGCGACGCAGAGGAGAAGAGCGAGAGCACGGCUGACGACUCCACGGAGGAGAGCGAGAGGAGCCUAGAGACGAGGUCGGACGAGGAGGAGGACAGCAGCGAGGCCGGGGGGAAGACAAGCAGCACGGCGGGGAACGAUAAAACAGAGGAGGGGAGGAAGGAGAGGCCUCUCACUACCCUGCUGGUCCAGUGCAAGUGCUGCGACACUGAGGUGAAGGCUUCCAUCAACACCGGGAGUCAACACAACCGCAUCUCCAGCUCCUGCUGCAGGAGGCUUGGAUUGGUUCCCACCCAGGAAGGUCCACCCUGUGAGCAGGCAGAGGGCCAGGGCUCUGUGAGGGGCCUGCAGCUGCAGCUGGGCAGACAGAGUGUCCAGUGCUCUGCCCACGUCACCGAGGAUGAGGUUUUUGAGCUGUGCCUGGGUCUUCAGACUCUGCAAGAACUCAAAUGCUGUGUGGACCUGAGCAGUAGAGUCCUAACGCUCCAGGGCUCAGGGGAGGAGCUGCCUUUCCUGGAGCCGCCAUUGGUCAGCCAGUGCCAUCACCAAGACAGCAAUGAGAACCUGUGACGCUGGCGUGUCACAACCUCCCAGCCGUCCCACGCCCUCCUCUGAUUGGCUGGCGCUGAAAAAACAUAAUGCGGUCCGGGUCGGGACUGUCCAAUCAGUGUCUCGCACUGCCAGGAACAUGGUUGACCACUCCAAUUCUCUUCAGUUUACACCAUUGUGUUUGUUUCUGUGGAAUUAAGACAUUACCAUGAUGUUACCCCUGUAGUGAAUCAGACUAGUUUAUGGAGCAGAUGGAGCUCAAUGAUUGGGACAAUUCUAUGUAACAAUCUUCAUAAUUAUGUACUUAAUCAAGGUGUUUUUUUAUCUGCCAGACAGUGCAUCAUUGUUCAAUGCACUCAUGGAAAAAAGGAAUCCAAAAGGGUUCUUUGACUGUCCCCUUAGGAGAACUCUUUCUGGUUCCAGGUGGAACUAUUUUGGGUUCCAUGUAGAAUCCUCUUUGUAAAAAGUUCUACAUUGAUCUCAAAAAAGAAAAGAAAAACUGGAACCAAAAGGUUUCUACCUGGAACCAAAAAGGGUUCUUCAAAAAGUUAUCCUAUGGGAACAGCCGAAGAACCCUUUUAGGUUCUAGAUAGCACCUUUUAUUCCCUAAGAGUGUACUGAAACAUACGGAGGAGUCAGACGAUGAUUAUCAUUUGAAAUGAACAUAGUGAUUUGGAGGUAUAAAAUCAUUUACAUUGAUCAUCAAUUAAAUGCCCAAACUGUUUAAAAUCAAAAUCAGUUCAGCCUAGAGGAAAAAAAAUUGUAUCUCCCUCACAUCCCUUUACAGAAAGAUCGUCUUCUAGAUGUCCUCUCACACAUGCUCAAGAGAAACGGUGAACAAAAAACAGGUCUUAUGAAACCUUUGAAUCUGCCUGUUUAAAAAAUCUAAUUGAGAGUCAGGACAGACCGGGAAUUCUGGAAGAGAUGUGAGGAGACUACUGCUACUCCUGAACUAACUGCCUUCAGCCAAGUGAAGACUCUCUCUCAUUUAUUUUCCCAAAUGAAGAGUGCUCCUAAGAAUGUCACGAUGACCCACAUCAAAACUAGUUCUCAAUAAUUCCACUUAAAAUGUUAAGAGUCCUGGAGCUCGUUGUGCGUGUCAGACGGACAGCACAGCAAAAAGAUCCAAACAUUCCAGAAUUCCGCAUGAUUUUUUGUAGAAGUCUGCUUUUGUAUAUGUCUGGAUGUUAGUGUUCCUGUGAGAGUGUGUCAGUGUGUGUGACUUGGAGAUGUGCGAGUGUGUGUACGUACUGGUAGAUGUGCACUGUGUGUGUGUGUGUGGGUGUGUGGGAUGCAUGUCAAUCGAGGGGCUUUUCUGUUUUGAUAUGGUUAGUGGCUAGUGUUUCACAUGGGAAAGAAAAAGGGAUGAGUUCUAUUUACUUCUCCUUCUCCUACUCCUCCCAGCUGCUCCUACUCCUCCCAGCUCCUCCUCCUCCUCCCAGCUCCUCCUACUCCUCCUCCCAUCUCCUACUACUCCCAGCUCCUCCUCCUCCUCCUCUCAGCUCCUCCU